CUUAUCCGCCAUCCGCGACCUCACUCGGGGCAACCAGAACUCCACAAGGCGAGAAGCGAAAGCGAUAUGGCGUCGUUGGAUCCUCCGCCGCCGGCGCCGGCCAAACCCCCACUGCCUUGGCGGGCGCGCCUGCUCCUGGGCGCAGUCUCCAUCCUUCACUCGGCGUCCCUCCGCGCCGACGGCACGGCCAACCGCCUCCUCCUCUCGCUCUUCGACCGCACCGUCCCACCGAGCCUCGCCCCCGACGCCGCCGGCGUGUCGUCCUCCGACCACGCCGUCUCCGACCACCUCCGAGUCCGCCUCUUCUUUCCGGCGCACUCCGACGGGGGCACCCAGCUGCCGGUGGUCGUGUACUUCCACGGGGGCGGCUUCGUGUUCCACUCCGCCGCGACGGCGCAGUUCGACGCGCUGUGCCGCCGCCUCGCCGCGUCCAUCCCGGCCGUCGUCGCCUCCGUCGACUACCGCCUCGCGCCCGAGCACCGCUGCCCGGCCGCCUACGACGACGGCGAGGCGGCCCUCCGCUGGAUCCUCGCCGGCGGCGGGGGUGCCCUCCCGUCACCCCCCACCGCCGUCUUCGUCGCCGGGGACAGCGCGGGAGGCAACGUCGCCCACCACGUCGCCGCGCGCAUGCAGCGCGGCGUGGCCGGGCUGGUCCUGCUGCAGCCCUUCUUCGGCGGCGAGGCGCCGACCGCAUCGGAGCUGCGGCUCCGCGACGCGCCGUUCGGCGAGCCGGGGAGGAUGGCAUGGGUGUGGCGCGCGUUCCUGCCGCCGGGUGCAACGCGGGACCACGAGGCGGCGAACGUGCCGGCGGCGAUUCGGCGCGGCGGGGAGGGCGAGUGGCGUGCGUUCCCGCCGACGCUGGUGUGCGUGGGCGGGUGGGACGUGCACCAGGACCGGCAGAGGGCGUACGCGGACGCGCUCCGCGCCGCCGGCGCCGUGGAGGCCACCGUCGUCGAGUUCCCCGACGCCAUCCACGCGUUCUACGUGUUCGAGGACCACGCGGACGGCGAGAGGCUGCUGCGCGACGUGGCGGAGUUCGUGAACCGGCGCGCUGCCGAACACCUCAAGUGCGCGCGCUCGCCGAGCGAGUAAUCUGCUACCAUUCUGCACUGGUUCGUGCGUGGUUUGUUUGACUGAUUGUAAUCGCCGAAAUCCAGAUUUAGCGCCAGAUGGAUGUAACAUUUGGUCUGGGGAGGGGCCUAUAUUCCCAGCGGCGAGCCCAGAAUGGAUGUAAAAUUUGAACAAAUAUAGACGAAUUCAGACAAACCAGACGAAAUACGUUCAAAUAUAGACGAAAUUUAGAGAUAUUUAACAUAUAUAGACAAGUUCGUACAUAUAUGGACCGAAUCUGUAAUAUAUUUGAAUUCGGCCAGAAGGAAACAUAAAUUAAAAUUUAAAAA